UCGCUGUCGAGCCUGGCGUAAUAUCUCGCUCGGAAGGUAUCGAGAAAUUUAAAUUUAAAGCAGCAGAGUAUAUCUCGAUGGAACUAGAAAACAAACUACCCAACCUUUUUUUUCUGCUGCAGAAUGGGUUAUUCUGUGGGCUUCCUUGUUUAUUCUGGGGUUGUGCCUUUGCUGAAGAUGUCCCUUGCUAUCUUCUUCGGGUUUUGGCUAACGCGAAGGGGUUUUUUCACACCUGCUGCUUCUAGGGGGAUGUCCCAGGUGACAAUGAACGUCGCGCUACCCGGCCUACUGUUCUCGAAUAUCAUUCCAGCCUUCAACAUGCAAAAUAUCUCGGCCAUGGGUCCGCUUUUCUUGGUCGCCUUCGUCUACAUGGCUUGUGGACUCUUAUUCGGCGUGUUCAUCCGCGAAUUCUGCUAUGUCCCGCGGAACUUCUGGGCUGGGAUCCUGAUAGCAACGGCUAUGAGUAGCUGGACCAGCUUGCCCACAGCCGUGGUUCUUACUGUCGCGAAGCAGAAACCAUUCAAUCCUGAUACAGACCCGCAGCUCGGAGUAUCAUAUGUUUCAAUUUUCAUUCUCGCGUACAACAUCGUUAUGUGGAUUUGCGGCGCCGCGAACACACUCGCGUGGGACUAUGCUCCAGAUGUACCUCAAGGUGACGCUGCAAACGUCCGUGCUAGCUGGCGCGAAAAGCCCAUAGCAGCUUUCUUCCUGCGUGUGCAGGCAAAAUUCCUCUCCCGACCGAACGACUCUCAUUGUGAGAAGGUUGGUAAUGACGAGGAAGGGGCCGACUUGGCAAGGGACAAGGGAUUGUCGGUCGUCUUGGGAAAGCAACUCGGAGAGAUGGAGAUAGACCCUGAGAUACAACUUCCAUGCAGGGCUUCGAGGUUAUCAGCCAAUUCUUUUCAGCCGAGACGGUCUGUUGAUCUUGGUACUCGGUCACGUGCUAGUUCAUCACGUCGAGCAUCGAACGCGUCGCAGCCUUCCUUGAAAGAGCUUUUGAACGUCACCGUGCAGAGACCGUUCAUCACAGACGAACAGGAACUUGAGCCGACUGCGGAGGAGGAGAAGCUUGGUCGUUUCGCAUCCCUCUUUCCGCCUUUCUUGCGAAGAACCUUCAAAUCCCUGUCGAGUCUGUUCACGCCCAUCACGAUGAGCAUGUAUAUCGCCAUUCCAGUCUCGCUCAUUCCACAACUCAAAGCACUGUUCGUAGAAGUCGACGGUGGUCCAUACUAUCACGGUCCAGAUGGUAAUCCGCCGUUGACGUUCAUCAUCAAUACAGCUGAAUUCGUCGGAAACAUGACUGUUCCAAUGUCUUUGAUUCUAUUGGGUGCUUCGUUCGCUUGCAUGAAAAUCCCGCGUCCAUUUAAUAAGAUACCGUUGCCUGCAAUGUUCUGGGUGGCGUUUUGCAAGCUGGCCUUGCUUCCAGUCAUCGGUAUACUUCUUACACAAGGGCUAACUCACCGUGGUGUUAUAUUCAAGGACGCUCUUGUUGAGAGAUUUGUUGCUAUGCUUCUGAGUGGAACACCAUCAUCCGUGAAUCAGCUGAUCGUGACACAACUAUAUGCGAAGGAUCAUGACCUAGACACACUAUCUGUUUUCCUGUUGUUUCAAUAUAUCUUCAUGUUCGUUUCAACUGCAACUAUAACUGCAGUAACACUUUCACUCCUAUAGAUUCUGGGGGAGACCAUGCGGGUUUAUUGGUCCACUUUUCAAAACCUUAGACAACUAGACACAUAGACAGAAAGCUUCUAUCUGUAUCAUUCACAGGAAACUGUUAUUUCAGUUGCGUAUGUAGCAUCCUUCGCGCUUCUCCUUGACCCUUGUAGGCGCACGCCAGAAGAAGGAAUCCGAUUGCCCCCCGACUCAGAUGAUAUGAUUGAUAUAAGAGCUAUG